CUUCAACAGUACAACCGAUGGCUACUCCAUGUGAGAGUUUAGAAUGUGCUCUGUUGACAUUCGGGUCCGGAGUCCCCUGCGCCACCAUAGACAAGACCGAAACGCAUACGUACAAAGGCCCAGAUAGACGACUAGCUUUCCUUCUUCCCUCAGUCAAUUUUUGAGAAGUCAUUAUUUUCCAUAUAUUCUAUAACCACUCAUUCCCCAGGUUAACAUGCUCUAUCGCUGCCUGGUAUCCCAGUUUCACUACAGCACUAUAUCUGAGUGGCGCCUCGGCAUACCGCUUGUCUAUAUGGAUCUACUCGGAAUUGGCCAUUUACUGUGCCUUUCGGAUUCUAGAGCUGGUAGAGUAAAAGGGCUGGCAUGGCCGUAUUUCGGCUGCACCUUGCUUUCAUGCCCAGCACGCUUUCUUCCACAAGCCAAGUGGCAAUUUUUGGAUGCAAUAUGGAUGCAUAUAGUGGUGCUGUUCUGGUUAGCGAGAGGAAAAAGGGUACCAGGUGUCAAACAGCGACAGAUUCGUCAAUUCGCACAAAACGUGUGCACUGUCUCCCUCUUUUCCUCCCCUGUAGAAUUCUUUCCAAGCCUCUGUUUAGCUUUUCACUGCUUGUCCCCCAUCGAUGUCGCAGAAUAGAAUAAUGAUGGGGGCAUCCGGCCUAGCCCGUGCAAGUACAACUGAAUCGCAAACUGCACAGGGGCGGCGUUAGUAGCAGUGGUCGAGUGAGGGGCGCCUUGGCAGAAAUGUAGAAUGCGCCGCCCUCUCCGCCGUUUCCACACUUCUCUUCUGCG